AUGUCGUUCGGAACGUUGUACAUCCACCAAAAUCCCAAUCCACGGACAACGGCCAUAAUGGCCAUAGCAGAGGCACAUGGCAUUCAGCUUGAUAUCGUGAACGCCACUCGGGCGGAAGAGAAGAAUUUCAAGAAACUUCUGGAGAUCAACCCUUUAGGCCAAAUACCUACUUUUGUUGGCAAAGAUGGUUGGGUUCUUAGUGAAUGCAUACCUAUUGCCCUCUACAUCACUUCCCAGAGUGAUUCAACCACACUUAUGGGCUCGAAUCGUCGCGAAUACUACGAGAUCAUCCAAUGGAUGUCCUUCGCCAAUGGUGACAUGCUGCCAUGCAUCGGUGGCUGCAUACUACCCCUGAUUGGCCGCCCCCAGGUCAUUCGCUCAAAUGUGCAAGACUGCCUGCGCUCAAUGCAUCGCCACUUCAAGAUAUUCAACGAACACUUGGCCACAAGGAAGUAUCUUGUAGGAACGGAGUUGACUACGGCAGACCUAUUCAUUGUAGCAAUGCUCGUUGACGCUUACCGGGUCUUUCACCCAAUGAUGGAUUCCGAUUAUUCCAAUCUGAUGCGGUGGUUCCAUGAGAUAUAUGAGUUACCCAUAUACAAAAGUAUGGCGGGCGAGCUUAAGCUUCUCAACCUGGAUUAUCCGAAGCUAGUACCAGACAAGAUCAACGGGGUCACACCGAAAAGCUCAUAGUUUUGUCCAAG